AUGGCUCCCCGUACCGACUUCCCGCGCAUUCGCGCCUGUCUCUUUGACAUGGACGGCCUGCUCCUCGACACCGAAGACAUCUACACCAAGUGCACCAACAUCAUCCUCGAGCGCUACGGAAAGCCCAACCUGCCGUGGCCCAUCAAGGCUCGCCUCCAGGGCCGCCCCGGUCCAGCCGCCACCAAGAUCUUCUUCGACUGGGCCGACCUGCCCAUCGACCAGGACGAGUACACCAGACAAAACUCCAUCCUCCAGGCGCAAGAGUUCCCCAACACGCGGCCCCUCCCGGGGGUCGCCGACCUGCUCGCCAGCCUCGGCCGCACCCGCUACUACAACCUCAAGGAAGGGGAGGACACCUCCAAGCGCGUCCACAUCGCCCUCGCCACCAGCUCGCACGAGGCCAACUUCCGCGUCAAGACCAACCACCUGACCGACCUCUUCUCCGUCUUCCCCACCCACCGCCGCGUCCUCGGCGACGACACCCGCCUCCAGGCCGGUCGGGGCAAACCCCUCCCGGACAUCUUCCUCCUCGCCCUCAAGACCAUCAACGACUCCCUCCCCGCCGGAGAACCCGCCAUCAAGCCCGAGGAGUGCCUCGUCUUCGAGGACUCCGUCCCGGGCGUCGAGGCCGGUCGCCGCGCGGGCAUGCGCGUCAUCUGGUGCCCCCACCCCGAGCUGAAGAAGGUGUACGCCGGGCGCGAGGGGGAGAUCCUCGCCGGCCGCAUGGGCGAGGCGGGCGAGAUCGACAUGCACCAGGUCGGCGAGCUGGACGACGGCUGGGCAGAGUACCUCCCCGCACUCGAGGACUUCCCCUACGCCAAAUUUGGCAUCGAGGUUCCCCCUGCUUCCGUCGAGGAGGAGGAUGUCAUGAAGAAUGACAACGGCCUCACUGCCGUCUAA